AUGUGUGCCCGCAUAGCUCCUGCUCUAGAGGCAGUUGAGUAUAUCACGCAGGAUUUCAGCGACGCCUUCAAUUCGACAAGCAUUUAUCGCGGACCUCCAACUCGAGAGUUGGAAGAUGCUUGGGAGAAAUUGACCUUCAAGCACGCUAUCGAGGUCCCUGAAGACAAAAUUCAUGGACUCAAUCGAACGGAAGCCGACCACUUGCGACGUGUGCCAUCCGAUGUAGGCACAGGCUAUGUUGCCUUGAUUGAGGUUUUCCAUCAGCUCCAUUGCCUUAAUCUCAUUCGAAGAUACACGUGGUUCCAAGCAGGGAAAUACGACUACAUCCCAAUCGGACUUUCAGAUAACCCGCUGAAGAAUCGCAUGCACGUUGAUCACUGCUUUGAGGCGCUGCGCAUCUCCCUACAGUGCUUUGGAGAUGUCACGCCUCUGUUCAUCCGCGAGGACCCUGAUGCUCCUGCAGGGGCAAGAGCUGAUUUCGAUACGCACCACAAGUGCAGAAAUUUCGAAAAGCUGGAGGAAUGGAUUGACACUAAAUGGGUGGUCUACUAG